CUCUCCCCCCUCUCUCUCUCUUCUCUUCCUCCCCUCCCUCUCCCCGCUGUCUCUCUCUGUCUCCUCACCCUUCCAUCCUCCAGUAUGAUGAUGAGGAGAGAUCGUCUGCUCCUAGCUGUGACCCUCACAGCCAUUUUUGCCGCUGACCUCUACUUCGUCCUGGUCCCCAAGCUCCGCCACAGACAACCAGGACCAGCGGAUGGAGGCUGCCUCUGUCCCUCCUCCAGGGGGACUAACUUCACCCUUGCUGGGUACAGUGGCCUCACCACCCCCUGGUUCUCCAACACCACCUCCGUAGACCUCCAGGGUAAGGGGGUCGGAGCUACGGACGACUCCACAGAUUGGGGCUCGAAGCUGGGGAGGCUGUUUGCUCACCCCCUGUAUAACAUUCAGACACCGGAGCUCGGGCUGGAAGAGAGACUGAUGCAGUCUGAAGAGCUAAUGGAGUAUUACAGGAGGAAGGUCUCGCGCUGGGAGAGGUGAGUACAGUACACACAGCCCUGAGUUUAGACCUUUCUCAAUGUUUUAUGGUUGUGAUUUAGUUUUGGUGGGACUAGACAUUUGAAGAGACACGUAUGGGUCACUGACAUCACGGCCGUGGAUCCCUGACACAUGCAUAAACACGCCAUUUUCACUCUUCUUCUGAUUCGCAUUCUCUGUCUCACACACACGCACAGACACUCAAGCAUAAGCACGUCAACAACUCAAAACUAUUUCUCUUAGGCAAGCAAUUUUCCCAUAAAGACUAAUCCUAUGAACUGUCUUUAAAGUCGAUGUCAUAAACAGCAUUUAAUGGAGGGCUGCAACCAACACUCACACGUCAUUGAGAGCCUAUGUCUGGAUCUCGCUGUGCUAGGUAAACAAGACUCUCAAACCUGAUCAAACCCUUUAAACCUGUGAGAGCUGAACAGACUGUAGCUGUCUUGGCUCCUGUCUUACCCUGUCAAUCACAGCCCAGUGCAUUCCCCUCAGAGAGAUCCUGUUUGGGCUCCAAUGGUGGAAAAACACAAGAAAUAUGAAGAGAGGAGAUUUCUCCCCCUUGGCUACGUUCUAAAUAUGCACAUAACAAUGGUUACUCCAGGGCUUAGUGGGAGUGUCUUGCAAAAUCUUGCAACAGCCUGUUAACAGAAGAGGAUGGAUGGUUUUUAGGGGGACUUCUGGGGACAGUUUGGACUGUUUAAUCUGGAGGAUGAAAAUAGGCAGUUAUAGUAUACUGUGGGGUUUACAGGUCAAUCACUAUGGUUUAUGAUGUGUGUGUGUGUGCAUAUGUGCGUGCGUGGUAUACAUUAUCAAUAGUCUGAAUCAAGAGCACUGAAAGAGGAGGGUGAUGUGGUUUUGCAGCCAGCUGCUUGCUCCCUGGUCUCUGGUCUGUGGGUUUGUGGUCUCUGGUUGUGGUCUGUGGUGAGCCUUCCUGAUUAUACAGAACUGUCACUGUGGGCCAGUUAGGUCAGGAAUACUCUGAAUGAAUGUACUUGCUUUGACGACCCCUCAUAUCAUCUGACCACAGCAGCUGAUGAUGCUUAAACACAGUGAAACAAUCAACCCUCCCACUUACCACAUUCAGAACUGGCACAACGGUGCAACAAUGCCACAUGCUUCCCCAGCCUCCUCAAUGGUCUGAAUGUUUGCUUUGGAUCCAGAGUGAUUCCUGCCCAUACUGUAUGUUUCUGUGGAGAUAUGUAUACAGAGGUGUCAGAAAAGGAGGAGAAGAAGGUAGGGUGAACAGCUCGGAACCUCCGAGAGGGAGUCAGAGAGUCCAAGAGGGAGGUGGUAACAGUGUGUAGGCUUUGCCACUACAAAUGUUUUCCAGAAUAAUCUGCAUUUGUCUUUGACGGUUCUCCUGUGAAUCUGUUCUCCUCUCAGUCUGUUCUCCUCUCAGUCUGUUCUCCUCUCAGUCUGUCCUCCUGUGAGUCUGUUCUCCUCUCAGUCUGUUCUCCUCUCAGUCUGUUCUCCUCUCAGUCUGUUCUCCUCUCAGUCUGUUCUCCUCUAAGUCUGUUCUCAUCUCGGUCUGUUCUCCUCUCAGUCUGUUCUCCUCUCAGUCUGUUCUCCUGUGAGUCUGUUCUCCUCUCAGUCUGUUCUCCUCUCAGUCUGUUCUCCUGUGAGUCUGUUCUCCUCUCAGUCUGUUCUCUUCUCAGUCUGUUAUCUUCUCAGUCUGUUCUCCUGUGAGUCUGUUCUCCUCUCAGUCUGUUCUCCUCUCAGUCUGUUCUCCUGUGAGUCUGUUCUCCUCUCAGUCUGUUCUCCUGUGAGUCUGUUCUCCUCUCAGUCUGUUCUCCUCUCAGUCUGUUCUCUUCUCAGUCUGUCCUCUUCUCAGUCUGUUCUCCUGUGAGUCUGUUCUCCUCUCAGUCUGUUCUCCUCUCAGUCUGUUCUCCUCUCAGUCUGUUCUCCUGUGAGUCUGUUCUCCUCUUAGUCUGUUCUCCUCUCAGUCUGUUCUCCUCUCAGUCUCUUCUCUUCUGUCUGUUCUCCUCUCAGUCUGUUCUCCUGUGUGUCUGUUCUCCUGUGAGUCUGUUCUCCUCUCAGUCUGUUCUCCUGUGAGUCUGUUCUCUUCUCAGUCUGUUCUCUUCUCAGUCUGUUCUCCUCUCAGUCUGUUCUCCUCUCAGUCUGUUCUCCUCUCAGUCUGUUCUCCUCUCAGUCUGUUCUCCUGUGAAUCUGUUCUCCUGUGAGUCUGUUCUCCUCUCAGUCUGUUCUCCUGUGAGUCUGUUCUCUUCUCAGUCUGUUCUCUCCUCUGUUUGUUCUCCUCUCAGUCUGUUAUCUUCUGUCUGUUCUCCUCUCAGUCUGUUCUCCUCUCAGUCUGUUCUCCUGUGAGUCUGUUCUCCUGUGAGUCUGUUCUCCUGUGAGUCUGUUCUCCUCAGUCUGUUCACCUGUGAGUCUGUUCUAUUCUCAGUAUGUUCUCUCCUCUGUCUGUUCUCCUCUCAGUCUGUUAUCUUCUGUCUGUUCUCCACUCAGUCUGUUCUCCUCUCAGUCUGUUCUCCUCUCAGUCUGUUCUCCUGUGAGUCUGUUCUCCCCUCAGUCUGUUCUCAUGUGAGUCUGUUCUCUUCUCAGUCUGUUCUCUCUUCUGUAUGUUCUCCUCUCAGUCUGUUCUCCUCUCAGUCUGUUCUCCUGUGAGUCUGUUCUCCUUUCAGUCUGUUCUCCUGUGAGUCUGUUCUCCUCUCAGUCUGUUCUCUUCUCAGUCUGCUCUCCUCUCAGUCUGUUCUCCUCUCAGUCUGUUCUCCUCUCAGUCUGUUCAUCUCUGAGUCUGUUCUCCUGUGAGUCUGUUCUCCUGUGAGUCUGUUCUCCUCAGUCUGUUCUCCUGUGAGUCUGUUCUCCUCUCAGUCUGUUCUCUUCUCUGUCUGUUCUCCUCUCAGUCUGUUCUCCUCUCAGUCUGUUCUCCUCUCAGUCUGUUCUCCUGUGAGUCUGUUCUCCUCUCAGUAUGUUCUCUUCUCAGUCUGUUCUCCUCUCAGUCUGUUCUCCUCUCAGUCUGUUCUCUUCUGUCUGUUCUCCUCUCAGUCUGUUCUCCUCUGAGUCUGUUCUCCUCUCAGUCUGUUCUCCUCUCAGUCUGUUCUCUUCUGUCUGUUCUCCUCUCAGUCUGUUCUCCUGUGAGUCUGUUCUCCUCUCAGUCUGUUCUCUUCUCAGUCUGUUCUCCUCUCAGUCUGUUCUCCUGUGAGUCUGUUCUCCUUUCAGUAUGUUCUCUUCUCAGUCUGUUCUCCUCUCAGUCUGUUCUUCUCUGAGUCUGUUCUCCUGUGAGUCUGUUCUCCUGUGAGUCUGUUCUCCUCUCAGUCUGUUCUCUUCUCAGUCUGUUCUCCUGUGAGUCUGUUCUCCUCUCAGUCUGCUCUCCUCUCAGUCUGUUCUCCUCUCAGUCUGUUCACCUCUCAGUCUGUUCACCUCUCAGUCUGUUCUCUUCUGUCUGUUCUCCUCUCAGUCUGUUCUCCUCUGAGUCUGUUCUCCUCUCAGUCUGUUCUCCUCUCAGUCUGUUCUCUUCUGUCUGUUCUCCUCUCAGUCUGUUCUCCUCUGAGUCUGUUCUCCUCUCAGUCUGUUCUCCUCUCAGUCUGUUCUCCUCUCAGUCUGUUCUCCUGUGAGUCUUUUCUCCUGUGAAUCUGUUCUCCUCAGUCUGUUCUCCUGUGAGUCUGUUCUCCUCUCAGUCUGUUCUCUUCUGUCUGUUCUCCUCUCAGUCUGUUCUCCUCUGAGUCUGUUCUCCUGUGAGUCUGUUCUCCUGUGAAUCUGUUCUCCUCAGUCUGUUCUCCUGUGAGUCUGUUCUCCUCUCAGUCUGUUCUCCUCUCAGUCUGUUCUCUUCUCAGUCUGUUCUCCUCUCAGUCUGUUCUCCUGUGAGUCUGUUCUCCUCUCAGUAUGUUCUCUUCUCAGUCUGUUCUCCUCUCAGUCUGUUCUCCUCUCAGUCUGUUCUCCUGUGAGUCUGUUCUCCUGUGAGUCUGUUCUCCUCUCAGUCUGUUCUCCUCUCAGUCUGCUCUCCUCUCAGUCUGUUCUCUUCUGUCUGUUCUCCUCUCAGUCUGUUUUCCUCUGUGUCUGUUCUCCUCUCAGUCUGUUCUCCUCUCAGUCUGUUCUCUUCUGUCUGUUCUCCUCUCAGUCUGUUCUCCUGUGAGUCUGUUCUCCUCUCAGUCUGUUCUCUUCUCAGUCUGUUCUCCUCUCAGUCUGUUCUCCUGUGAGUCUGUUCUCCUCUCAGUAUGUUCUCUUCUCAGUCUGUUCUCCUCUCAGUCUGUUCUCCUCUCAGUCUGUUCUUCUCUGAGUCUGUUCUCCUGUGAGUCUGUUCUCCUGUGAGUCUGUUCUCUUCUCAGUCUGUUCUCCUCUCAGUCUGUUCUCCUCUCAGUCUGUUCUUCUCUGAGUCUGUUCUCCUGUGAGUCUGUUCUCCUGUGAGUCUGUUCUCCUCUCAGUCUGUUCUCUUCUCAGUCUGUUCUCCUGUGAGUCUGUUCUCCUGUGAAUCUGUUCUCCUCAGUCUGUUCUCCUGUGAGUCUGUUCUCCUCUCAGUCUGUUCUCUUCUGUCUUCUCAUCGUCAGUCUGUUUUUUUUCUCCUCUGAGUCUGUUCUCCUCUCAGUCUGUUCUCCUCUCAGUCUGUUCUCCUCUGUCUGUUCUCCUCUCAGUCUGUUCUCCUCUUAGUCUGUUCUCCUCUCAGUCUGUUCUCCUCUCAGUCUGUUCUCUUCUGUCUGUUCUCCUCUCAGUCUGUUCUCCUCUGAGUCUGUUCUCCUCUCAGUCUGUUCUCCUCUCAGUCUGUUCUCUUCUGUCUGUUUCUCCUCUCAGUCUGUUCUCCUCUGAGUCUGUUCUCCUCUCAUCUGUUCUCUCUCCAUUUGUUUCUCCUCUGAGUCUGUUCUCCUGUGAGUCUUUUCUCCUGUGAAUCUGUUCUCCUCAGUCUGUUCUCCUGUGAGUCUGUUCUCCUCUCAGUCUGUUCUCUUCUGUCUGUUCUCCUCUCAGUCUGUUCUCCUCUGAAUCUGUUCUCCUGUGAGUCUGUUCUCCUGUGAAUCUGUUCUCCUCAGUCUGUUCUCCUGUGAGUCUGUUCUCCUCUCAGUCUGUUCUCCUCUCAGUCUGUUCUCUUCUGUCUGUUCUCCUCUCAGUCUGUUCUCCUCUCAGUCUGUUCUCCUCUGAGUCUGUUCUCCUGUGAGUCUGUUCUCCUGUGAAUCUGUUCUCCUCAGUCUGUUCUCCUGUGAAUCUUUUCUCCUCAGUCUGUUCUCCUGUGAGUCUGUUCUCCUCUCAGUCUGUUCUCCUCUCAGUCUGUUCUCCUCUCAGUCUGUUCUCCUGUCAGUCUGCUCUCCUCUCAGUCUGUUCUCCUCUGUCUGUUCUCCUCUCAGUCUGUUCCCCUCUCAGUCUGUUCUCCUCUGUCUGUUCUCCUCUCAGUCUGUUCUCCUCUCAGUCUGUUCGCCUCUGUGGAAAUAUCCUAAAGGUUUGGAUGAUUGUUGGUCCUUUGAAGCAACACUUGUCCUGACCAUGGGAGUUCGAUUUUUAAAGGUGCUUUCAAUCAAGUUUGAUUUGAUUUGAUACUGUAUGAGUUUCACAGUGUGUAUCGCAGAUUUUCAAGGAUAACUCUGUUUGGCAUACCCUAACUAUGACCUCGUUUUGACCACCUCUCUCUCCCCCUCAGGCAUACAAUAUGACGUCGUACAGCAAGUGCAAGGCUAUGCAUAACCCUAAACCCACUCCCACGCUCUCCCUUUCUCUCUCCCCAUCUUCCCCCUCCCCACCCCCGUCCCUUCCCCUCAGGCAUAUGAAGCUGUACAGCAAGGCUGCGGCAGCCCUCAACAUGACAAUGCUGGAACACCAGGUGACCUUUGACCCUGAGGCCAGCUGGCUGAAGUUCCACCUGGGCAUCAACCGCUAUGCCCUGUACGCCCGUGACAACCCCGCCAUCACCCGCCUGCUACAAGACAUGCAGGCCACCACUGUCAUCAGCGCAGGUAUGACUUGUUGUAUGGGCGUUAUAACCAUUCAUAUAAGCGGUAUUCAUAUGAGCGUUAUAACAAUUCAUAUGAGCAUUAAAGUCACUGUCAACAGUGCAUGUAGGUGCUAUAGGACCUCAUGCUUUAAUAAUUAGCCAUCUAUAUAAUUGUUAUAGGUAUUCAUUGCAGAAAUGUCUUUAUGCAGAUUACACUCAAGAUGAAAAGGCCCUCAAAGGAGCGUGUGACUGUACCCAGGGUAAGGUCCUGUCUUGUCUACGUAUCUGCUCUGUUUUGUGUCUGCAUGAUUUGUGUGUUUUGUGUUUAACAUACAUUCCUUUUCAAAUGUUUUCCAUUAUGCUCUGGCGUGUCAAUGGUUGUUUUGAGGAGGACCGGGAGAAAAUGAGAGGGAAGAGAGAAUCAGUUGACACAGUCCUCUUCAUGACUGCUUCUUUUGUAGUUUUUUCUCCCUGUUUUUUGCUCCUCAGUCGUGCUAUCAGAGCCGAACACCCUGUUGCACCACUGACAAUACAUUUGUUUUCAUCCAAGCCCCAUAAAUUAGCAUCGUUUUAAUUUCUCAGACUCUCCGGAUCUUCAUAAGUCACAUCCUUGGAGGCAGAGAGAGGCUCAUUUAGUGUUCUUUAAAAAGCUUUAUCUCAGAGAGCAGGAGUGGGGUGAUGCCACAGAAUCCUACACACCAGAGAGUGGGGUGAUGCCACAGAAUCCUACACACCAGAGAGUGGGGUGAUGCCACAGAAUCCUACACACCAGAGAGUGGGGUGAUGCCACAGAAUCCUACACACCAGAGAGUGGGGUGAUGCCACAGAAUCCUACACACCAGAGAGUGGGGUGAUGCCACAGAAUCCUACACACCAGAGAGUGGGGUGAUGCCACAGAAUCCUACACACCGGCAGUCUCCACAGCAUAGCUAUACCUUCAAGCAACAAACAACUCAGAAUAUGGACACACACACACACGCUCACAGACAAACAGACAAACAGACAGACAGACAGACAGACACACAGACACACACACACACACACACACACACACACACCAAUCUCGCCUAACAGCAGCCGGAUGCAUUCUAAGAUUUGUAGCUCCUUCAACCACACUCUCUGAAAACACACUGAUGGCUCCAACCUCAGCAACAACACACACAAAUCCUCUAUUCCUCCGUCCUACUUUUAUUAUUAUAUGGCUUUUUCAACCAAUUAUUCUUGAACUGCUGAAAAGCAACAAUGUGCCCAUUGCUCUUCAAAGCUUGUUUUUGUCUGUUUGAUUCCCCUCCAGUUAAACACAGCAGAGAGAGAUUGUAAACUAUUAAUAAGAUACAGCUUCAGAAGACUGAGCUGAAUCAGCUGGAAUCAGGAGGAGAAGCGUGUGUCUUUAUGGAUACUGGUUAGGCAUGAAGAAACCCUGCUGAGGGUAGUCCUCCAUCUGUAGAACCAUUACAGCCUCUGUCAUUAUCUUAUCAUUGGGAACAGGUCCAGGCUGAAACAGAUGUAGAGCAGAGAAAAUAAUAUCGAACAGAGUCAACAAUAAACCCCAAGGAUUGGAGUUUCAAAAUAAACUUGGGUCAGAUUCCUGACCAACUAUGUGUUUUUUGGAUAGUUUUUUUAGUGAGCUAAGGUUGGCCAACACGCCAGACACAGCAGCUGAGGGCAGGUGGUUGGCGGAGUGGUCGGUUAGACAAAAUGAUUAAUUUAGUUCAUUUCCUGUCUGAUCCGUAAACGUCUUUCUCUCUCUCUCUCUCUCUCUCUCUCUCUCUCUCUCUCUCUCUCUCUCUCUCUCUCUCUCUCUUCUCUACUCUCUCUCUCUCGCUCUCUCUGUUCUUCUAAUGUUCUAUCUCUCUCUCUCUCUCUCUGUUUCUCUCUCUUUCUUUCUCUGCUCUCUCGGUCUCUCACUUUUUCUCUCUCUCUCUAUGUUUCUCUCUCUUUCUCCUCUCUUUCUCUCUGUCUAUCUCUCUCUCUCUAUUUCUCUCUCUCUUUCGCGCUCUGUCUAUCGCUCUCUCUCUCUCUUUCUGUUUCUCUCUCUUUCUCUCUCUGUCUAUCGCUCUCUAUCUCUCUCUCUGUUUCUCUCUCUUUCUUUCUCUCGCUCUCUGUCUCUCACUUUCUCUCUCUCUCUCUGUUUCUCUCUCUUUCUCUCUCUUUCUCUCUCUGUCUAUCGCUCUCUAUCUCUCUCUCUGUCUCUCUCUGUUUCUCUCUCUGUUUCUCUCUCUCUUUAUUUCUUUCUCUCUCUCUGUCUCUCUCUGUCUCUCUCUCUGUUUCUCUCUGUUUCUCUCUCUCUCUCUUGCUCUCUCUCUCUCUCUUUCCCUGUCUCUUAGUGGUAAAGCCCAGUGGACACCACCUCAAGCUGGCCCUGAAGAUGCAGAACUUUGGCAAGGCCAUGUUCAAACCCAUGAGGUGAAUGUUUCUGGGGAAAUCAAUCAGGGGGAGUGCUCUGGUUUGUAGUGAUAUUUUGAACAGUACUGUAGUUCUAUGAAUCAUUUGUUCCUCAGACAGCAGAGAGACCAGGAGACUCCUGAUGAUGUGUUCUACUUUGUCGACUUCCAGAGACACAACGCUGAGAUUGCUGCUUUUCACCUGGACAGGUAACCUUGGCAACCUGUACUCUCCUCAUAUUUACUUUGUUCUAUUCAACCUUUAUCUUACCAGGAAAUCUCUCAAGGAUUGAACCUAUUUUUUGACAAAGACAUUCCUUUUCCAUUCAGUUAUGGAAAAGCAUAAGAACCCUUCAAAUGGAAUGAUUUUCAAGAAUACUGUAUCUCCUACUGUAACUCCUACUGUAGCCCUACUGUAUAUGCUACUGUAUCUUCUACUGUAUCUCCUAUUGUAUCCCCUACUGUAUCUCCUACUGUAUCUCCUACUGUAUCCCCUACUGUAUCUCCUACUAUAUUGCCUACUGUAUCUCCUACUGUAACUCCUACUGUAGGCCCUACUGUACUCCUACUGUAUUCCCUAUUGUAACGCCAAGUGGUCUUCCAACAAACAGAGCCUGAAACUUCUACCUCCAUCUCUGUGAUUGUGAAAGAUAGUGUCCUUGGGAGAUUAUAGUCUCUCCGCUAUUUCAACAUGUCUCCUUCCCCAGCAAGGCAUUUGAUUUCCACACACAUAGGUGUAAUUACUUCUGUCUACUGUAAAGUCUCUCUAACCUCCAUACCUCCAGGUUACUGCACAUUAACUCAAGUGAGUCAUCAGUCAAAUACAGUCAUUACAGUCACAGCUUGUCAACCUAGAACCACACGAGACAUCAAGUCAAUGUGGUUGUUAUACCUUGGGACACAACAACAACAUGGAAGGGUGUAACUGGGUGUAGGCUAAAAACCACCAAUAAAGCUCAAAUAAGUUAAGUUAUUACGUCAAAUACAUUUUUACCUCACAAUUAGGGGUGUAACGAUCCAUCUACUACAUCGAUGUAUCGAUUUAUAUUCCUAUGAUCCAACUACAUCGAUCUGUGCUCGGCGAGUUGGCCUUUUGGACAACAUAUAUCAAUCUAACAUCGUUUUAAAAUGUAAUAAAUCGAUUGUAUCGAUACUAGGAAAUAACCCAUUGGAUUUAAGCACGUCAGACUUUAUAUGGAUGUUUUUUCUUAGCACUUUUAAUGAUAAAGGCUUUAAACAUUACUCGAUUCAGUCUGCCUAUCCGUGACGUCAUCGCCCCGUGCCAGCAGCAGCGCAAAGGCGCAAAGACAACAAAACAUAGCAUGGCGGACGACAGAGGAGAAGCCGACGAGCGAGAAAUUAUCAAGCCACCAUUGCGGUCCUUACAAGAAACAGGAAUCUAGGAAACUUCACCUGCACUGUCCAGUAUCCAGGUAUUUAUUUCAGUCACACUGGUUGAAUUUUUGGCUAAAAGGUUACUGAAUCGAUUUCAAGUCACUGAAUCGUUUCGGAUCGUAUCGUUCUAAAUGAACCAAUAUCGUCCUUGAAUCGUAUCGACAACCACGAAUCGUGAUACAAAUCGAAUCGUUGUUAAAACGAAUCGUUACACCCCUACUCACAAUAUAUCGUUUUGUAAAUUCACAUUUUAAUGAAGUGGCAAAGAAGAAAAGCAAAGAGUAAAUGUUCUGUUAUCAUUCCUUCAUUGAACACUGAGGCUCUACACUACAUGUUCUGUUAUCAUUCCUUCAUUGAACACCGUGGCUCUACACUACAUGUUCUGUUAUCAUUCCUUCAUUGAACACUGUGGCUCUACACUACAUGCUCUGUUAUCAUACCUUCAUUGAACACUGUGACUCUACACUACAGUACUGUCUAGCACUGAAUAUGUCUGGUCUGUCUGUGUGUUCCCACCACAGUCUCUGUCUCUGUGUCUCUGUCUCUGUCUCUCUGUCUCUCUGUCUCUCUGUCUCUGUCUCUCUGUCUCUCUGUCUCUCUGUCUCUGUGUCUCUGUCUCUGUGUCUCUGUGUCUCUGUCUCUCUGUCUCUCUGUGUCUCUGUGCUGUGUCUCUGUGCUGUGUCUCUGUGCUGUGUCCCUGUCUCUCUGUAUCUGUGUCUGUGUCUCUGUGUCUCUGUGUCUCUAUGCUGUGUCUCUAUGCUGUGUCCCUGUCUCUCUGUCUCUGUGUCUGUGUCUCUGUGUCUCUGUGUUUCUGUGUCUCUGUGCUGUGUCUCUGUCUCUGUCUCUGUGUCUCUGUGUCUCUGUGCUGUGUCUCUGUCUCUGUGUCUCUGUCUCUUUGUCUCUGUGUUGUGCCAGAGGCCUUAUCAUUAUCAGACCCAAUCAGCAGGUGAGAUACGCCAGCCCAGACAGCACCUCAAUAACAUCUCUUUAUCCAGCCUCAGAUACUGACUGAUGACUGUUAUUGAGACACACAGGCCUGUCAGACUGUUAAUAUGGCCCUGGGGGAAGUGGCUGUUGCUACACAUCAACACCUGCUAGAUUACACAGCGGAGAACAGAGACAAUCACAUAGGCGUUAUUAUGUAUACAAAUAAUUCAAGUUUAAUUAAUUUCCUGUGACUUUGUGUGUGUCAACUGAGGUGAGAGAUUGCAGGAGCUAUGAGUUCAUCUAACUUUCUAUUGUGUCUUCUGUUCAGAAUGGAACUCUUUCUUCUAGAACUGUGAGUCGUAGAAGAUGUAUGAGUUUGUGUUCAUCAGAAUGGAACUCUUUCUUCUAGAACUCUGAGUCGUAGAAGAUGUAUGAGUUUGUGUUCAUCAGAAUGGAACUCUUUCUUCUAGAACUCUGAGUCAUAGAAGAUGUAUGAGUUUGUGUUCAUCAGAAUGGAACUCUUUCUUCUAGAACUCUGAGUCGUAGAAGAUGUUUGAGUUUGUGUUCAUCAGAAUGGAACUCUUUCUUCUAGAACUCUGAGUCGUAGAAGAUGUAUGAGUUUGUGUUCAUCAGAAUGGAACUCUUUCUUCUAGAACUCUGAGUCGUAGAAGAUGUAUGAGUUUGUGUUCAUCAGAAUGGAACUCUUUCUUCUAGAACUCUGAGUCAUAGAAGAUGUAUGAGUUUGUGUUCAUCAGAAUGGAACUCUUUCUUCUAGAACUCUGAGUCGUAGAAGAUGUUUGAGUUUGUGUUCAUCAGAAUGGAACUCUUUCUUCUAGAACUCUGAGUCGUAGAAGAUGUUUGAGUUUGUGUUCAUCAGAAUGGAACUCUUCUCUUUCUCUCUUCUAGAAUCCUGGACUUCCGGAGGGUACCGCCGGUGGUGGGCAGGCUGGUGAACGUAACGGGGGAGAUUCUCCUGACCACUCACAACGAGGACCUAAGGAGUGUGUUCUUUACCUCUCCAGGUAGGCAUUACCCCUCCAUGUAUGCAUUACCUUGCUACCUAGGUCUUAAAUAAUCAGUCUAUGAUUAAAAGGCGAUGAUGAAAUCGGCGUAAUGCUGGUUUAAACUAAUCUAUAUCUAUGUAUAUUCUCUUCCAAACAGCGAACAACACCUGUUUCUUUGCCAAGUGUCUGUACGUGUGUAAGACAGAGUACGCUGUGUGUGGGAACCCUGACCUGCUGGAGGGCUCCAUGUCUGCCUACCUCCCCGGUCUCAGCAUCGCCCCUCGCAUCUCCAUCCCCAACCCCUGGAUACGAUCAUACACCUUCACUGGCAGGGAGGAGUAAGCAUUCAACCCUUAAACCUGAGACCUUAACCCUGAGACCUUAACCCUGAGACCUACACAUCUCUUCCUAUCUCCAUUUUACUGUUCAUUUAUGAUAAGUCAAUAUUGCAGACUGAACAUUCAUAUUGUUACAAUUCAUAUCUUGUUAUACUAUCUUGUUAUAAUAUCUUAUAAUAUCUUAUAAUAUAUUGUUAUGGUCUCCCGAGUGGCGCAGUGGUCUAAGGCACUGCAUCGCAGUGCUAGCUGUGCCACUAGAGAUCCUGGUUCGAAUCCAGGCUCUGUCGCACAAUUGGCCCAGCGUCGUCUAGGGUAGGGGAGGGAAUGGCCGGCAGGGAUGUAGCUCAGUUGGUAGAGCAUGGCGUUUGCAACGCCAGGGUUGUGGGUUCGAUUCCCACGGGGGUAUGAAAAAUAAAAAUAAUAAUGUAAGUCGCUCUGGAUAAGAGCGUCUGCUAAAUGACGUAAAUGUAAAUGUUAUAAUAUCUUGUUAUAAUCUGUCUGUCUCUACCAGGUGGGAGGUGAACCCCUUCUACUGUGACACCAUAAAGCAGCUGUAUCCCUACAACUCAGGGAACAGGUUGCUCAACAUCAUAGACAUGGCCAUCUUUGACUUCCUCAUUGGUACGUACUACCACCCAUCACCCCUGAUGGACCCCUGUCCUCAUCCCAUAUGACACCCUAUUACCUAUGUAGUGCACUAUCUUUGUCUAUACAGUGAAUAAUCAUGUUGUGUCCCAAAUGACUUCCAAUUACAGUGCUCUAAUUUUGUCUGUAGCCCUAUGUGAGUGAAUAUUUGUUCUUGGCACUCUCCCUCAGGUAACAUGGAUAGGCAUCAUUAUGAGAUCUUCACUAAGUUUGGCGAUGAAGGUUUCCUUCUUCACUUUGACAACGCCAAAGGGUGGGUACUAGAGUUGCUAUAUAUAACUUCAGUCAUUCUACCAUGGAAUAUUUGUCGUUCCCUUAUGAUGACAUCACUUCCUGUGUUUCAGGUUUGGGAAGCAUUCUCAUGAUGAGAUGUCCAUACUGGCUCCACUGUCACAGUGCUGCAUGUAAAUAUGGAGAGCAUACACUAGUCACUAACACAGAUUAACUGACACCAAUAUUUAACCUUUAUUGAAAAAACUUGGCAUGGCAACUGUCGAGUCAAGUCUCACUCUCCGCCCAUCUCUCCCACAUUCUCUCUCCCCCUCUACCCCCUCUCCCGCCACUCCUCACCUCUCAGUAUAAAGCAUUCCACGUUGCUGCGGCUGCAGCUCCUCUCACAGGACCACUAUAGGCUCAGUGACGUGAUGAGGGAAUCCCUGGGAGGAGACGCACUGCAGCCGGUUCUCGCUGAGCCCCACCUGCAGGCCCUAGACCGCCGGCUGCACCGCGUCCUGAAGACAGUCCACAGGUGUUUCCGCAGGCUGGGAGAAGCUCAGGUGAUCACGACAGACUUUAUUGAUACCUCCACCAUGCCUGAGUCUGUCAAACCAGUGGCUACGCCCAACAAGGAGAGGUAACUAAGGUUCCUAAGGAAUCCAAACUGAGGCAUGUGGCUCUGGUCAAAAGAAGUGCACUAUAAUAGAGGAAUAGGUUGACAUUUUGGAGGUAUCCCCAAGUCCUGCAAGGGAAGGUAACUAUAGACCAAGGACAGCCUGAGGAUCAUGAUGGCAGGUCACCCCGUCCUGUAAAAGCCGGAAGCACAGGGUCUGGUCUCUCUCACAGAGUAAUGCAUUCUGCACUAGUUUUCAGUGGCGUGUAUUCAUGGAUGCCAAGGGAAGCCAAGCUUCCCAGAAUAUUAGAAAAAUAUAUACAGUACCAGUCAAAAGUUUGGACACACAUACUCAUUCAAGGGUUUUUCUUUAUUUUUACUAUUUUCUACAUUGCAGAAUAAUAGUGAAGACAUCAAAACUAUGAAAUAACACAUAUGGAAUCAUGUACUAACCAAAAAAGUGUUAAACAAAUUAAAAUAUAUUUUAUAUUUGAGAUUCUUCAAAUAGCCACCCUUUGCCUUGAUGACAGCUUUUGCACACUCUUGGCAUUCUCUCAACCAGCUUCACCUGGAAUGCUUUUCCAACAGUCUUGAAGUAGUUCCCACAUAUGCUGAGCACUUGUUGGCUGCUUUUCCUUCACUCUGCGGUCCGACUCAUUGCAAACCAUCUCAACUGGGUUGGGGUUGGGGGAUUGUGGAGGCCAGGUCAUUUGAUGCAGCACUCCAUCACUCUCCUUCUUGGUGAAUAGACCUUACACAGCCUGGAGGUGUUUUGGGUCAUUGUCCUGUUGAAAAACAAAUGAUAGUCCCACUAAGCCCAAACCAGAUGGGAUGGCGUAUCGCUGCAGAAUGCUGUGGUAGCCAGCAAAGCACCCCCACACCAUAACACCUCCUACUCCAUGCUUUCGGUGGGAAAUACACAUGCGGAGAUCAUCCAUUCACUCAUACCGUGUCUCACAAAGACACAGCAGUUGGAACCAAAAAUCUCUAAUUUGGACUCCAGACCAAAGGACACAUUUCCACUGGUCUAAUGUCCGUUGCUUGUGUUUCUUGGCCCAAGCAAGUCUCUUCUUCUUAUUGGUAUCCUUUAGUAGUGGUUUCUUUGCAGCAAUUCGACCAUGAAGGCCUGAUUCACACAGUCUUCUCUGAACAGUUGAUGUUGAGAUCUGUCGGUUACUUGAACUCUGUGAAGCAUUUAUUUGGGCUGCAAUUUCGGAGGCUGGUAACCCUAAUGAACUUAUCCUCUGCAGCAGGGGUAACUCUGGGUCUUCCAUUCCUGUGGCGGUCCUCAUGAGAGCCAGUUUCAUCAUAGCACUUGAUGGUUUUUGCGACUGCACUUGAAGUUCUUGAAAUGUUCCGUAUUGACUGACCUUCAUGUCUUAAAGUAAUGAUGGACUGUUGUUUCUCUUUGCUUAUUUGAGCUGUUCUUGCCAUAAUACAGACUUGGUAUUUUACCAAAUAGGGCUAUCUUCUGUAUAGCCCCCCCUACCUUGUCACAACACAACUGAUUGGCUCAAACACAUUAAGAAGGAAAGAAAUUCCACAAAUUAACUUUUAAGAAGGCACACAUGUUAAUGGAAAUGCAUUCCAGGUGACUACUUCAUGAAGCUGGUUAAAAGAAUGCCAAGAGUGUGCAAAGCUGUCAUCAAGGUGGCUAUUUGAAGAAUCUCAAAUAUAAAGUACAUUUUGAUUUGUUUAACACUGUGUCUCAGUAUGUGUAGCCCAUGUAUCUGAUGCUGUCUGGACCAAAAGUGUAUGACAUGUUGCCGCCGUAGCAUUUGAUUGAUUGAUGCCAGCAAGCAUUUGACCUCCCUUGAUAAAAAAGUAUAAAAUAAUCAGUCAAUCAGCAUUGAGCUGAGCUCAACUGUGGGUUGUCCUGGCGCAGCAAAACGCCUCCAAGGGAGGUCAGUUUGGAUUUGGGUUCACACCAAUCAAAUCACAUCCUGAGCAAAACUUCAUUACUGUCAGAAAAACGUCUGUUUCUGGUCUGCUUGUGUUGAUGUCCUGCAGUAGCUAGCUUGCUAAAUCGGCCAUUUCCUAAGCCAUGGAUGGAGAUGGGGAUUUGGACUUGUGGUGAUGACUUUAUUCUCUUUACAGGCCAGUUGGUUACGACGGCAAUUCUGAUCUAACCAUAGAUCCAUAUGUUGUGCCACUGGCCUGAAACGAUUGGAGUUCAAUAUGUAGCCCAGAUGUAGUCUAGUAGGCUCACGUUAACUAGCUAGCUAACUUAGCUGGUUCAAGUUAGGCUAGCAAGCAUUUUAGCUAGGUAGCCUAUGAAAACUAAAACUAAAAGCGUACAAAACCGUAGACCGUUUUGCCAACAUGAAAGAGAGGAGGACAGCGUUCAACUAAUCUAGAAGUAGGGUGAGUCCCCAACAUUUUUUUUACUUGCGUGCGCACGCAAGCACGCACUCACACACGGACAGAAAUCAGUACCAUGGACAGCCACAUGAUAUUUAGCAACAUUGAUUGGACUAAAUUGUUUUUGGCAUCUUUAAGUUUGUUUUCAGUGUAUUAAACUAAGCAUAUAUAGCCUUGUUGAUUUGAUCAUGUUUAAGUUGAAAUGGUGCUGGAAUAGGGGAGGCAGUGCUCCCAUUGUCUUUGUGCUGACUUGCGGUAACUCAGUGAUUCUAAAUCAGUAGUUGUUUAGUAAACUAUUGAAAACAUUAACUUGCUUGAACAUGCUGCAGGUCAUAGAACUGUUUUUUACAUGCAAUAUUUGCUUUGUGGACUUCACCAGACAGAUGUUGCUCUCCGGUUUUGUGAUUGUGUAGUAAAAUGUAUUCCGCCACUGUGUGACUUGUCUUUUUGUUGUCACGGCCUUGGCCUUAUUGUAUAUCACGGUGACGUAUGAAUUAAUGGGUUAUAGAGCAAACAACGCAAUUAUCACAAUAUAGGUUUACCCUUAUACCACUUUACCCCUACCUACAUGUACAAAUUACCUCGACUACCUGUACCCCCGCACAUUGACUCGGUACUGGUACCCCCUGUAUAUAGCCUCGCUAUUGUUAUUUUAUUGUGUAACAUUUUAUUUUAUUUUUUACUUUAGUUUAUUUAGUAAAACUCUAUUUCUUGAACUGUUGGUUAAGGGCUUGUAAGUAAGCAUUUCACAGUAAGGUCUACUACACCUGUUGUGUUCAGCACAUGCGACAAAUAACAUUUUAUUUUAUUGGAAUAUGGCUUUUAUUCUGGUUUGGCUUGGCUUCCCAGUGAUUUUACACUGCUACUGCUAGUCUUUCAAGUCAAACCUUUGAAAUUAUACAGCCUGUUUUGUCAAUAGACAGCAGCACUGCUUUCCUGCACUGUCAAAAUGUCACCCGUGGCCUUGGGCUAUGUGGUCACCCGUAUGUCACCCAGUCCUCCCAGGCAUUGCACCCUCUCUGGAGAUCCCCUCUGCCUUGCAGUGCAUUGAAAUGGACCUACAGUAUGACUGCAUCCAAUGAGCCAAAUUACUGUGGAAGAAGCACUGGAUAAUGUAAGAUGAUUUCAGCCUCAUGCCCUUCUAUAGUAUCCAACAGUCAUGUGACAUCAAUAAAGACAUUUAGGGACAGCUUUUGAAAUUAAAUUGCUUUGAGUUCUAUGUAAGAAUGAUUUCACAUCGGUUUGGUAAAGUAAUAAUGUGCCAACAGAUGUUUUAUCAAAUAUAAAUGACUAAAUAAAGUUCUAAUUUUGGGUGAUUGUUUGAAGAAAACUCUGAUAUGAUGAACUUAGUGAUCACUUUCUGUUGUGUUGUUGUUUUGGUUGAUCUAGAUCCACAUUAGACUGUGAAUAGGUGAGUGAUGAGGAGUCAUUGACCAUGGGCCGCGGGGUACUUUGGAGUACAAACAAGACAUGUCAUCUUUGGGGGGAAGAGAGAGAAAGCGAUUUAAAAGAGGUUGUGACAGAGGAGGGGGUGAGGGGUUGUGGAGAAAGGCAGCAUCUAAUCCCUGUCUGUUUGUCUGUCUGUUCACCUGUCUGUCUUUCUGUCUCAUCAGGAGGUGUCUGUCUGUCUGUCUGUCUCAUCAAGAGCUGUCUGUCUGUGUCAUCAGGAGGUGUCUUUCUGUCUAAUCAGGAGGUGUCUGUCUGUCUGUCCAUCUGUCUGUCUAUCUGACUGUCUCAUCAAGAGCUGUCUCUCUCUCAUCAGGAAGUGUCCGUCUGUCUGACUGUCUCAUCAGGAAGUGUCUGUCUGUCUCAUCAGGUGACUGUCUGUCUGUCUGUCUGUCUCAUCAGGAGGUGUCCGUCUGACUGUCUGCCUCAACAGGAGGUAUCUGUCUGUCUGUCUCAUCAGGAGGUGUCCGUCUGA